AUGAAUACCCAUGAUGUCUCUCAAGUCCCGAAAUACUUACAGGUCCUUAAUAUACAAAAACAAAACCUCAAAAGAGCCCAAAGCUUCAAGGGCCGGCGGGCCAUAUCAAAGAAGUCCCGGGAUGAGGUUUUAAGGCAGUUUAUGUUUCGACAAAUGAGGCUCCGACAACUGAUGAACAAAAAAGAACCUAAGAGCUCUAAGGAAAUUCGAUCGUCAUUUAUACCUUCGGCAUACGCUCCAUGCAUUGCUUCUCUCAAAGAAUUGAGCAAAGUCAUGAUAAAAGACCUUUACAUUGAGACGCAUCACCAUGGACGUUAUCUGUUAUUAAGAACAGUCACCCCGACUGACAUAAUGACCGCUAUAAUGGCGAUUGUGGAGGAUGAGGAAGGUAGAGUUCUCAUGUUGCAAUUGUACAAUCAAGGACAAGAGCUUUCAAGGGCGUAUCAUCUCACCGAAGGAACAGUGAUCGUGGUGAAAGAGCCUUAUGUGAAAGUGAUGGCAGACGGCGACUAUGGGCUUCGUGUCGACCAUUUGUCCGAUGUCAGGUUUAUUCCAGAAUUUGGCAGCCUAGUCCCGCUGUCCUGGAGAAAACGGAUUACUGAGGAUGGAGACUUUUCCAAUUCUUGGAAGAUGAGAGGAAACGACUUUUUUAACCAGGCUGAUUAUCAUCUCGCAAUAGAAAGCUACUCAAAGGCUCUGGAAUCCUCCCCCUCAAAUGAGGUAGCCAUUACAAUCAAGCUCAACCGUGCCCUUAGUUUUCUCAAAACCCAUCAAUUUGAUGCAGCACUGCUUGAUGUCGAGGAAGCAUCCUGCGGGCCCGAGCCCUCAGAGAAAGCCCUUUUUCGGAAAGCUCAAGCUCUCUACUAUCUCCAAAGGUUUCGAGAAUCCUGUGAAACUAAUAAGGCGCUCAGUGAGAAAUAUCCAGAAAAUACCCUCGCUCGACGCGAAUUUGAGCGAGCCUCUGCGCGUCUGGCAGAAGCAGGUAUCGGCAAAUAUGAAUUCAAGAGAAUGCAGCUAGAGGCAAGAAAACGUCAGCCACCGCACCUUGACCGUGGUAGUUUCAUUGGACCUGUCUCUGUAAGACCAACGAAGUCUCGUGGAAGAGGUUUAUUUACGACAGAAGCAGUAAAAGCUGGUGACCUACUAUUCUGUGAGAAGGCUUUUGCUCAUGCCUUUCACGACGUUAAAGACACAACACGGAACCUAACUCUUUUGAUCAACGCACAAAAGGACACUAUGACUCUAGGAACUCAGGCAGAGCUCAUUGAGUCAGUAGCCCAAAGGCUCUAUAGAAAUCCCUCUCUACAACCCACUUUCACCGAUCUUCACCAUGGCACAUACAAGCCCGUGAAUAUCCCAGAAAUAGACGGUAUACCUAUCGUGGAUACCUUCCUUGUCGAAAGAAUAAUCCAACUGAAUUGUUUUGGAUGCCCCCUUUCCUCUCGUGAGACUCAUAUAAGCGCAAUGACAAGUGACGCGACGGCUAAGAAAGAUAAUGAGCAAUACCACUCUUGUGGAGUCUGGCCCCUGGCAUCAUACAUCAAUCAUUCUUGCUUAAGUAAUGCCCGGCGCUCAUUUAUUGGAGAUAUGAUGGUUAUUCGUGCUACAAAAGAUCUCGCCCCAAACACUGAAGUCACGUUCUGGUACAAAUCACCUUUUAACCGUGAGUCCGAAGGAGUUUCAGUGGAGCUAAAGCAUUGGGGCUUCAGAUGCGAUUGCAUCAUAUGUCAAAAUAUCCAAAAAACCGACAAAACCAUCGUGAUAAAGCGAGCGGAAACUCUGGCCGAUUUGGAAAGGCUGUUUAAAUCGCGGAAGUCAUAUUUACCGAAAAUCGAAGAAACAGUUUUUGGACUCGCAGAAACAUAUACUCAACCAGCCUCCGAAGUCCCUCGCCUUGCAAUUUGGACACCAUAUCUGAAUCUCGCAGCAGCUUAUGCCGCGUCCCGCCAGCCUCGGAAGGCUGUGAUAUUUGGCCUGCAAGCCCUGGAGUCAUUGGGCUAUGUGAUUGACGGCGGGGAAACCCCCCAUGCCUCAGGCCGACCGCUAAUUGUCAAGAAAUGGGGAUUGAUGAUCGAUAGUGUCGUUGGGUGUUGGAUGAUUCUCUCUGGCGCUUACCAUGUUGUGGCGCCUGGCCUCGAGGCCCAAGCGGAGGAAUAUGCCAGAAUUUCCUACAGGAUAUGCAUCGGUGAAGACCAAACCUUCGAUGAAACAUAUGGUAAGCUCUCAGAGCGACUUGAUGGUUUACUUCCUACCGCUAAAUAG